GCACAACGAGAUGCGCGGGGUGCCCCUCCCCCAGCAGUGGCCUCAUGGCCCUUCGAAUCCUUUGCAAGCGGCUGCCGAUUGUGGUUCUUUCAAGACUGCAGCUAACCUUCUUGCGAGCGGUGCUUUCGACAUUGAUCAGGGCAAUGAGGUCGGCUGGACCCCACUCAUGAUGGCUUCCCGGGGAGGUUACCCCCGGAUUGUCAGGAUGCUUCUGAACAAGGGAGCACAGGUCUGGGUAACGGAUGAUCUUGGCUAUACCGCUUUGCACUGGUCCGCGAUGGCAGGACGCCCGGCCGUCACCAAGAUGCUGGUGGAUGCCGGUGCACUCCUCGACGCAGCAACCAAACAAAACCAUUGCACGCCGCUCGACUGUGCUGCUGAAACCGGGUGCGCCGCGUCGGUAACAGCAUUGCUCAAGGCCGGCAGUAACAUCAACACCCGUCGGUCGGAUGGAGCAACACCGCUGUAUACUGCGGCGUGGAAUGGGAACGUAGUUGCGGUUUGGUUGCUACUUCUUGCGAAGGCAGACCCGCUCCUGACAUGCGCCUCUGACUCGGGUAAAGAGAGAUUCCUGCCGUUAGACGUGGCGGCGCAGAACGGGCACCGGGAAGUGGUAAACGAGCUGAUCCGGCAGGUGGGCAUCGAUGGAUGUGGUGGCUCAAGCGGCGGUGAAAAUGCUCUCCGACAGGCCGCGCUUUUCAGCCGUUUGGAUAUCAUGGCCAUUCUAACGGAUGCCGGAGUGGUAGACACGGGGUUAGCUCUGGUCGUGGCCGCCGGAUAUGGGGGCGAGGCCCCCUUGAAGUUCCUGUUGGAACAGGCAAGGGGGAGGAAAUCGACGGAUAGGGCGGCGUAUAUGAACACCCUCAACGGUGUCGGUUUGACGUCAUUGCUUGAUGGCAUUCAGCGUUGCCGCCCCAGAGUUGUGCAGUUGCUUGUUGAAGCCGGAGCGGACACGACAUCACCUGUUCUAAUCUGCAACCAGCCUGGGGAAGACGAUUUCCACAUCACACCCCUGGGUCUCACGAUGUGUCUCCUCGGUGGUAGGUCAGCUAAACCCUUGACAAUGGAGGAGCAAAAUAAGCUAGAGGUUAUACGCCGCUUGCUGCUGCGAGAGGAGGCAGUGCACGCGGUCUCUUGGCUGUGGCCUAGCGAUACCCCCACCAUUACCCAUGCGACCGCAAAGGGCACCGGUAGGACAACGGCAACAUCGACAGCCGCAACACCGUUCAUCAUGUUAAUGAUAGGGCGAAGGACGAGAGGGCGCAAGGGUCUUUUGGCAGCCCUGUUGAGGUAUUCGUCGAAGCUCGAAGCCUUGACCGGGAUGGAAAAUGAAAAGGAUUGGAGGAAGAGGCUCCAGGGAACCGGUUAAUUUCUACUUAGUUUAUCGUGUUCAUGUUCGAAGGUGUUGAGAGCUUCCGGCUGCGUUUUAUCAGUAUCGGUAACCUGAAAGAAAGCGGAAAUGGCUCAAGCACUCACGGUCUCCCCUAACAGCUACUGAGCUCGUGUUGUAGGGACAGCGUUGUUGGUUGUUGGUGGGUGUGGAUUGCAAAAGUGAAGCGGUAGCAGGGUACUUUCUGAUGGAGUUGUGGCUUGUAUUGAACAUCGUUGUUGUCGAGUAGUCGCCUGAAGGCGGGAGAUUCAUGUGGACCUCUCUCUGUGCACACCGUGAUUGGAUGAAGAGCAGUAGACCAGUGACAUGAACUAGACCCGCCGACUGUAUCGUGGUUUUCCUUCCCUGUUCUUGAAAGACUGUUAUUACAGGUGCUUUUGACAGUGUGCCGUAUUCGAGCGAUUGUUCAUGGGGGGCGCCCUCUCUCAUACAGGUCGGCGAAGGUUUGUCACGUUUUAGACGAAUAGUGCUAUAGUAUUGUCCACCCCGCUGUUCCUCUCUCUCGCUCUGAAGGUGGCACAAUUGUGAGGUAGCAUGUGCUCGACGGCGAUAGAUGUGCGUAGCACAUCCCAAGCUGAUUUACAGUUUGUGACAGAGAAGGCGAACUUGAACGCGCAUCAACGCUUGCUAUGGAAACGGUCUCGUUGUCAAGCUUCAUUUCGAACGUUCAUGCCUGGCGGAUUACGUGGGAAGUAAGAAAAACUGAAUAAGCCCAGACGGGCAUCUUGUAUGGCUGAGCCUAUUCGCCGGACUGCUCGCUACGUGAUUGUCUGCGGCUCCGUUGCAUGAAGUGGCUGACAUCGUUGCUGUCACCGAUGAUUGGUUUGUUGGUGUUGUUGCUCAUUUUCUGUGUUCUUGAGUUGAUUCCCCCCCCCCCCCUUCUGGGUUCUCGCACGUCCUUCGUGCAAGCGUUAGGUCUGCGUUGAUAUGGUGUGUGCAUGUGUGUGUUUUUGUCGCUUUGAUAUGUUGGGCGUGUUACUGAGACCUCAGCACUUUGCGUGUAGAUUUUUUAUGAGUUCUUUUUGUUCUUAGAGAUUCGUCGGACCGUUCGAGUCGAAACGCGUCAACUGCUGCGUGAGCCCACUCCGGAGGCUUAAGUAAAAAUAGAUGAUGAGCUGGUGUUUCUUGUCAGGGAGGGCAUGCCAGAUACCAAACGCAGAGAGCGGGUAUCAUCACAGCAGGAGUAUAGUUCGUGAAUUCAUCAUAAAGAUAUGUGUUUCAUGUAGUCUAGACAAGAUGUCUACCAGCAACAACAGCAAUAGAGAGAGUUCGUUCAGAGAGCCGGCCAGAGAGGGCUUUUUUACUGCUGUAGUGCGGUGUGCGUAGUUUUGAUCCCGGCGCAGCCGAUCGAUGUGCGAAGUCUCCUCCUGUGCUAAGUUGGUACGGGCUGCGGCGGGCAAAAGUAAAACCUCCUCUCACUCUCAGGUUUGUCGCCAUGAACAGCUUUGCUAUUUGGAGUGUUGAGAAUAUAUU